AUGGAGUCGCCGGUCUCCGUUGUUGUCGCAGAAAUUGUGAUGCAAAACAUCGACGAACGCGCCCUUGCAACUUGCCGACAAACCAUACCGCUUUGGUUACGCUACGUUGACGACACAUUUACCGCCGUACACAAAGACGAAAUUGACGCUUUUCACAAUCACCUUAACGAAAAAAACACCGACAUUCAGUCUACCAGGGAGAUCGAAGAAGACGGCAAGCUUCCUUUUCUCGACUGUUUGGUAGGCCGAAACAACAACGAACUACGAACAACAGUAUACAGAAAACCAACGCAUACCGACAGACUGCUUGACGAAUCAUCCUACAACCCGACUUCCCACAAAGCUAUGACUAUCAAGACAUUGACAAGACGAGCGCAACUUGUUUGCUACACACCGGACAGUUUAUCUGACGAAAACAAGUACCUUGACCGUGUUUUGACAAAAACAACUACAACACUGAUUUCAUUAGACGAAACACUCACAGGGGCGACCGACAUUACAGAAACUAACAGGGACUCCACAUCUGUCACGACUACAGCUACUAUACCCUACAUCAAAGGCACUUCUGAGGCUAUCGCGCGGAUCCUACCUCACAACAUUCACGUAGCUCACAAGCCUAUUACUACUUUAGACAUUUACUGA